ACUUCUUUUAGGAAGGACAUUUGGUUGAAAUACUUCCAACCCAUAUACUUAUAUCCGGAUCCGGAUGGCUGGUUCAUUGCGCUGUAUUUUUUGUCAAAUAUGUCGUGUAAAAAAGAACGAACAUAAAUUAGUGUAUAACGAAAAAUAAAUUACCCUUUUUUCAGGUUUCUUUGGAAUGGUAUGAGCUUCAGAGCGUUAGCAUUCAAUUUUCGCGAAAUGGCACACAAUACGGUCGCAUUGAUAGUUCAUGAAACGUGUAACGCCGUAUGGGAGCAGCUCAAGUAUGAGUAUAUGCCGUACCCAACAACAAAAUUAUGGGAGAAUGUUGAAACACAAUUCAAAGAAAAAUGGAUUGUUCCUAACUGUAUCGAUACAAUAGAUGGGAAGCAUAGAAAGAUAAAAGCUCCUUCCAAUACAGGAUCACAAUAUUUCGACUACAAACAUUUUUUCUCCGUACACUUACAAGCUGUGUCAGGUGCAGAUUGCUAUCCCCUUAAGCCAUAUUUACUUAGUCCAUAUCCUGCCACCAACCUUGACAAUGAAAAAGGACAAUUACAAGACUACUUUAACUACAGAUCAAGCAGGGCAAGGCGUUGUGUGGAAUGCGCGUUUGGAAUAUUGGUUAGCAAAUUGCGGUGUUUGAAAAAUGAACUUCAAGUUGCACCAGACCAUGUUUUAAUUAUUGUAAGAGCAGCCUGUAUCCUCCACAAUAUGUGCAUUCAUUUCCAAGAUCCAGUUAAUUCAUCUUUAACUAGUUCGUGCACUUGUCAUCAAAUUAUUGGCCGACAUAAUAAUGCAACGUCACAAGCAGCUAUAGGGAUCAGGGAAUAUUUCAAAACAUAUUUCGAUGCGCAUAGAAUAUAAAGUACAUCGCGGAGCUAUUACUCUGUUACUUAAGUUUCAAAUAAAUAUUUGAAUUUGCAACAAUAGAUGGAGAUGUGUAUCUUUUUUUACAACACGUGUCAGAACGUUUCUUAUACAAGCUUCGUGGGUGGAUAAAGAAGGGAAAAAGAUUGGGUAACUUAGUUGAAUUGGACUCGUUAACACUGAGAUUAAUAACAUCAAUAUUUUCAGUGAGAAUGAAGGCACUUCGAGGUCUUAUCGACCAAUAUCUGCAAUGGAUUAGAAUCCGGAGUGAUAAUUUAGGCCCUCGUAUUCAGUUCCUAUUCAGAAUCG